UUGUUCGUCAAGGUCGAUGAGAGCCUCUUCAAGAAGCCCAGCUACAGGCAAUUCUUGGCUCUUGCUGAUAACUUCAAUCGUGAAACGGGUAAUGCCGAGCCACGCGUAUCCGUAACUGAGGAAAAGAGGGAAACUUCUACAUUUCUCACCACAGUGCUCGAGUCGAAACCCUGGAAGGCGCUCUACGAGUUCCUGCAUAGGAAAGGACAUCCUUUCGCUUCUAGCCCUAUCGUAUUCCGUUACUGGAUUGCUCAACUCUGGUUUGUGCACUAUUCACGAGCUCGCGGUAAAGCAGACACUUCUGGUUUCGAACACGUUUUCAUGGGAGAGGAGAAGAACAGAGAAAUUUCUGGUCUACACAACUGGCUACGAUUCUACACAUUGGAGAGGAACGCCACUGAAAACUUCGACUACAAAGGAUUUGUCAUCAAGCGUGGGACUGUCAUGGCCUCAGUGAAGUUCACAUGGAAAGGAGAUCUGAAGCGUUCUGGAUCAAUUCUGAUUGGCACGUCGCCAGAAUACGAUAUGGCGCUGUAUACGUUGUGCUUCCUCUCACGACGUGGCCGAGAUCAAUGCGAAGUCGAAAUUGACGGAUGCCCGUUAGCUAUCACCAGCUUCGACAUCAUCCAGAAUAACAAGGUAUUCAUCGGAUCCAUUUUCCCAACGGCAGGUGCACUCACAGAAAAGUGCCGUCGCCUCGGUGGACGAGCUUAG